GCACGCGGCGGAACAUGGCGGAGCGCGCGAGGAAGCGGCCCUGCGGCCCGGGUGAACAUGGCCAAAGGGUGGAGUGGCGAAAAUGGAAGCAACAGAAGAAAGAGGAGAAAAAGAAGUGGAAGGACAUGAAAUUGACAAAAAAACUGGAGAAGCAACGGGCACAAGAGGAGCAGACAAAGCAACAGAAGGAGGAGGAGGAGGCAGCUGCCCAGAGGGAAAACCAAGGACGGCCCUACACUCUUAGCGUGGCCCUGCCAGGCUCUAUCCUGGACAAUGCCCAGUCACCUGAGCUUCGUACCUACUUGGCUGGCCAGAUUGCCAGAGCCUGUGCCAUCUUCUGUGUGGAUGAGAUUGUGGUGUUCGAUGAGGAGGGUCACGAUGCCAAGACUGUGGAAGGAGAAUUUAAGGGAGUCGGCAAGAAGGGGCAGGCAUGUGUACAGCUGGCCCGUAUCCUGCAGUACCUGGAGUGUCCACAGUACCUGAGAAAGGCAUUCUUCCCCAAGCACCAGGAUCUACAGUUUGCAGGGCUCCUGAACCCCUUGGAUAGCCCUCACCACAUGCGCCAGGAUGAGGAAUCCGAGUUCCGAGAAGGCAUCGUGGUAGACAGGCCCACCCGACCAGGCCAUGGCUCUUUUGUUAACUGUGGAAUGAAGAAGGAGGUGAAGAUUGACAAGAACCUGGAGCCUGGACUUCGAGUGACUGUGAGACUGAAUCAGAAGCAGCUCCCAGAAUGUAAGACCUACCGGGGAACAGUUGUGUCAUCACAGGACCCUCGCACCAAAGCCGGUCUCUACUGGGGCUACACAGUCCGGCUAGCCUCCUGCCUCAGUGCUGUGUUUUCUGAGGCGCCCUUCCAGGACGGGUAUGACCUGACCAUUGGGACUUCAGAGCGUGGCUCAGAUGUGGCCUCUGCCCAGCUGCCCAGCUUCAGGCAUGCAGUGGUAGUGUUUGGGGGCCUCCAAGGGCUAGAAGCUGGAGUGGAUGCUGACCCCAACCUGGAGGUGACUGAACCCAGUGUUCUCUUCGACCUGUAUGUCAACACGUGCCCCAACCAGGGCAGUCGCACCAUUCGCACUGAGGUGAGCCCACCUGUGUUGACCUCCAGUCAGCAGCUGGGGGCCUCAGAUCUGUCCAAGGUAGUUAGCAGCUGGCCUGGUAGCCCAUCCUGGCCAAAGUGCYUUCACUGGAAAGGGACUCCUCACCCCUCACUAUCACAAACUGUGGCAGGGAGAUGAGUGCAGUGCAGGAGGGGUCCUGAAUCCUGGGUGCCAGUAUUAGUCCUGUGCUCCCAGUGGUCCCCAGGCAACCUGUGCAUCCCGUGUGGGCUUCUGUUUCUAUUACUGUAUACUUAGUGYUCCUCAGUGACUCCGGCUCUGCCACCUCCUCUCCUGUGACCUCAAUGGGUAUGGCUGCUGUCCCUUCAGGUGUCACCUGCAUCCCUGUCCACUAGGAAGCAUUGUGCCAUUGGAGCUGAAAGCCUCAGUGCGCUCACCUCUCACACAGAAUGCUGUCCUCGUGACAGAGGCUGUACUGCCUGUCAGUCUCAGUGGGGUGGUAGCUUCACAGAUAGCCCUGGUCUCCCUGACCCUGAGGCCCGCCCGGCCCAAGUGCUUGAGCCUGCCAGCCAUACCCACAGCAGAAACCCGACCCCACCCCUGACACCCAUUCAGGGAAGGUGGAGAACUCUGCCCAUGGCAUCACCUCCCCAGCCUAGGGAGGCUGGCAUUAGUACUGUCAUGCCCAAUUUCGAGAGUACACAAGAGCAGGGCGUGCUGCCUGCCACAGGGCAGAUCUCAGGAUGAACCUAGCUGGCCCUUAACCUCCCAGGGCCACUAAGAGCAGUCAGCUCAUGGGGUGGGGCCUGGGUGGUCAGGUAGGAGCUGGCACCCACCUGCCUCCCCGGCUCCAGUCUCGCAUUCUCUUCACUUCCAGGAAGCCAUACUCAUCUCUCUGGCAGCCCUGCAGCCCAGCCUCACCCAGGCAGGCACUCAGACCACCUAAAGGUUCCCA